AUGGCUGCCUCUAGCGCCGCAUCAUCGAUCUCGGUGACAGUCAGAGUGCGGCCCUUUACCAUUCGAGAAGCUGCGCAACUAUCCAAAACCGAUGAGACGCCAUUGUUUCUCGGCGAUGGUUCGCUGGCCGGCGUCCCCAGCACCCCAAAACUCGCUCAAAAGGGUAUCCGAUCAGUCAUUAAAGUUGUCGAUGACAAGUGCCUUGUUUUCGACCCGCCCGAGGAUAACCCCGUUCAAAAAUUCUCUCGAAGCGUCGUACCCAAUGGCAAGCGAGUCAAAGACCAGACAUUUGCCUUUGACAGAAUCUUUGACGGCAACACCACACAAGCAGAAGUCUACGAGGCUACGACACGAAAUCUUCUUGACAGUGUUCUAGAUGGCUACAAUGCAACCGUCUUCGCCUACGGUGCUACAGGAUGUGGUAAAACACAUACCAUCACCGGUACGGCUCAGCAACCUGGUAUCAUCUUCUUGACUAUGCAAGAACUUUUUGAAAGAAUUGAAGAACGAAAGGAGGAGAAAGUGACGGAAAUAUCCCUUUCAUACCUCGAAAUCUACAACGAGACGAUUCGAGACUUGCUAGUCACUGGGGAUAAUCGAAAGGGUCUGAUGCUACGUGAAGAUGCUAACCAGGCAGUAUCGGUAGCUGGUCUAUCGAGUCAUCAUCCGCAAAAUGUCCAGGAGGUCAUGGACAUGAUUAUGCGCGGUAACGAGUGUCGUACCAUGUCGCCCACGGAAGCCAACGCUACUUCAUCCCGAUCACACGCCGUUCUCCAAAUCAAUAUCGCGCAGAAGGAUCGUAACGCAGAUGUGAAUGAACCCCUGACCAUGGCUACUCUGAGCAUCAUCGAUCUUGCUGGAAGUGAACGAGCGAGUGCAACAAGGAAUCGCGGCGAGCGACUUCAGGAGGGAGCAAAUAUCAACAAAUCCUUGCUUGCUUUGGGAAGUUGUAUCAACGCGCUCUGUGACCCACGCAAACGGAAUCAUAUUCCCUACCGAAAUUCAAAGUUGACCCGUUUGUUGAAAUUCUCCCUUGGCGGUAACUGUCGAACCGUUAUGAUUGUGUGCGUCAGUCCUUCGAGUCAGCACUUUGAUGAAACUCAAAACACACUCCGAUACGCCAACAGAGCCAAGAAUAUCCAGACGAAGGUGACGAGGAAUGUGUAUAAUGUCAAUCGCCACGUUAAAGACUUUUUGGUCAAGAUCGACGAGCAGAUGGCUCUUAUCAAUGAACUCAAGGCUCAGCAGAAGCAGUAUGAGUCAAUUGCAUUCGCCAAAUUCAAGAAACAAACGGAGAAGAAGGAAGCCAUGGUCCGUGAAAGUGUGACCCGUUUACGAAAUGCUUACGAGAACGCCGCUACAGAACGGCAAGAAAAGGCAACGAGCAUGCUCAAAUUGAGGCAGGUCAGCCGAAGGAUUACUAUGCUGUCUUCUUGGAUCGCCGCCUUUGAGGAAGUUUGCGCAUCUUGCGAAAGCAAAACACCUAUGGAAAACUUACAAGCCAUUCGCAAAUCUGCACAGGGUAUUCUUUUUGAAUUGGAAAACACUCGUCAUCAUUUCAACCAACGAAUUUCAAAGAACAAUUGGGAUAGAGCUAUCAACACUGCGCUUGAGCAUGGUAUCCAGCAACUCAAGGAUUUCGAAAUCAGUGAUAAUUCGGACGUCGCCAAUCUUACACGAGAGGCAGAGUUGCUCAAAUCAAAUGCGGAGCGCGAAAUGCUAUCUCUAGUCGCCGAACAGGACAAAGGGGGCGAUGUGUCUACGGUGCAGAUGCUCCUCCAAGCGCAAUUCGAGAUAGUAUCCUCCAUCGAAAACAUCAUGCAGCUCACAGAGGCAGAAGCUGUCCAAGUCGGCAAGAAGAUACUGCACAAGAUGCUGACCUCGUGCAUUUCCUCGGUCUCAAAUGUUGUGAAACCAGACGGCAAGAUGCCUACCAUUGACAUGCCUCCUACACCCAAGGCUGACACCUCAUUUCGCCGGAGAAAGUCCAGUCUUGUCGCGAUUCCAUCCCGGCCAGCGCGCACAUCUAUGCCUGCACAAGUGCCCACCUCCCCAGUGAAGAACACACCACGGCGACGCAAGCUAGGGAUAGCAAAGAAGGGAGUCAGCUUCACCCCGGUCAAGGCACCAGCUCCUAAGGCAAGCAAAAGAGCUGUCAGAUGGAGAGACAACGAGCAAGAUGGAUCUCUUGCUGAAUUCGAGAAGACUCCUCAGAAGGCUGUUGUAACUGUGAUCGAAUCCACUGAAGAGCCAACUCUCCCAAGAAUCUCCCCGAUACCCAGAGACAUCCCAGUCUACACCUCCAAGCCCGAUGAGUCGUUUCGGUCCUCAUCUCCAAUCCCGCCAGCACCAGAGUCGAGCAUUGUGAUACCCAACAAGAAUAAUCGGUUUCAGACCGGUUUCCUGUCCAAGAAGCCUGAAUCGCCGGUGCCGCCCAUGAUGACGAGCCUUUCGCCUGAAGAACAUUCCCCUCUUCGCAGCAUCGAGAACAGCAGCUUUUUGAACAGGCCAGCGGUGGAAAAGCCGUCCCGUAUAGCAGUGCGAUCACCUAGCGGUAGCUACCUCGGCAGCAGCCCUGUCUCUGAUAGUGGAAAAAAAUCGUGGACAGCCGACAGGGAGGACGCGAUGAGGAUCAGUGCAGCAAUGCGACGCAUUUCCGGAAGUCAAUUCGGUAGUAGCACGUCUAGUGUUCCAGUAAGCAGAGCACAUCGACGCCGAAGCCCUACCGCAACAGGGACCCUCGGCAGCUCCCCGCCAGAAAGCGCAUUGUUUUCUGCUUCUGAAGCUAGACGCAUGGUCAAAAGCGAGAAAAGCCAUGACUUUAGACCUAGCGUUCUCGGGCCACGUGCUGUUUCAGUAACAAAGAAUUCUCGACGAAUUACCAUGGGCGGCGACCUGCGACCUCGCGAAAUCAGUCUUGGAAGUCGUGACGCCGUCAGAUUGAGCAUGGCAGCGGGAAGCCCCGAGUCACGAUUCAGCCUUGGUCCGGCCAUUCGAGGAGGAGCGUUGAGAUGA